CCGGUGUUGCGGGAGACCGGCAUUCAGUAUCAACCCACGCUGGAAGACACUGCGCAGUAGUAUUUAUUUAUUUAUUCUAGUUUAUCUGAAAUUUACCGCAGCCACUCUCAUGCUGGGUCUGUGCCUUUACGUCCCCGUAUCCAACUCGGACCUUGUGGAAGUGGAGUACUUUGAAUCUAACGGACUACCGUUGGAGCUGAAGUCGCUAUUCGACAAACUCAGCGUGUUCCUGCCCUCCCAAGAGUUCUCUACCUACCAAAAAUGGAGAAAGAAAACCCUAAAAACGGAAGAAAAAGGUACAGAUGGGCAGCUGGACUUUGAGGAGUUUGUUCACUAUCUGCAGGACUAUGACAAAGACAUGAAACUUGUGGUGAAGAGUCUCAACGGGAAGAAUGCAGGCCGCAUCGACCCCAGAGAGUUGAUGCAGUCUCUCCGUGACCUCGGCGUCCAUAUUACCCUGCAGCAUGCUGAGACCGUCCUUAAGAGUAUGGAUAAGAAUGGAAUAAUAACAAUCGGCAGUAAAGACUGGAGUAAAUACCCCAUGGUGGAGAAGACUGAAAACAUUCCUGAGAUCAUCCUGUACUGGAAACACUCCACGAUAUUUGAUGUGGGUGAGAACCUGAUGAUACCUGAUGAGUUCACCGUGGAAGAAAAGCAGACGGGGAUGUGGUGGAGGCACCUGGUCGCAGGCGGAGGAGCUGGAGCCAUUUCCAGAACCUGCACCGCCCCGCUGGACCGUCUCAAAGUCAUGAUGCAGGUUUAUGGAUCUAGGACCAACAACAUGUGCAUGAUGAGUGGACUCAUGCAGAUGAUCAAAGAGGGCGGCAUGAGGUCGCUGUGGCGAGGCAACGGCGUGAAUAUCAUCAAAAUUGCUCCUGAGUCAGCCCUCAAGUUCAUGGCCUAUGAGCAGAUUAAGCGUCUAAUCGGCAGCGAUAAGGAGACUCUGAGCAUCUUGGAGAGAUUUGUCGCAGGUUCUUCGGCUGGAGUAAUUGCCCAGAGCACCAUCUACCCCAUGGAGGUUCUGAAAACUCAUCUAGCUCUGAGGAAAACCGGUCAGUACGCUGGAAUCUCAGACUGCGCCAAGCAGAUUUUCAGGAAAGAAGGACUCGGGGCGUUUUAUAAAGGCUACGUCCCAAACAUGCUGGGAAUCAUCCCAUACGCAGGCAUUGACCUGGCCGUGUACGAGACGCUGAAGAACAGCUACCUGCAGCAGUACGGCACCAACAGUACGGACCCCGGCAUCGUGGUUCUGCUGGCCUGCGGCACAGUGUCCAGCACCUGCGGUCAGCUCGCCAGUUACCCCCUGGCUCUGGUCCGAACCCGCAUGCAGGCACAUGCUGUGACUGAGGGAAACCAGCAGCAGGUGUCCAUGACUGGCAUCUUCAGGCAGAUUCUGCAGAACGAAGGCCCCGCAGGGCUCUACAGAGGCCUGGCCCCUAACUUCCUCAAAGUCAUCCCCGCCGUCAGCAUCAGCUAUGUGGUGUACGAGCGCCUGAAGUCUCAGCUGGGGGUGACGUCGCGCUGAACCCCCCCCCCCCCCGUCUCGUACUUAUGAUUGUCCCGGGGCUCGCGUUAGGAAUCCGUCUGGUGGUUCGCGUGGCCGUCUCAUUCUGUGAAUGUCAGCUGACGUGAGGCUGAGGAGGAGAUUAUGGACUCUGUGAGCUCAGGUUGUCUGGAUAAUGACUGCUGCUAUUUAUAUUUAUAAGGGACUCUGACAUGAAAGGUGACUGAAAGAAACAAGGACCAAAUGUUUGUCUUUUUGUAUGUGUGUGAGUCAGAUGCACCACCAGCACUCAGGAGUUCAUCUACUGACAGCCUGUUUAUCUGUGGCAGGUGUAGCAUUAAUACGCUCUAUAGACAUUAACAGUUCUGCCUCUGGAAAGAAACGAUUGCAUCCCAAAGAGGGAAGAUUUUGCACAAACUGUUUGACUUCUCUCUCCACCCCACCCUGAAUGGAUGAGUGAUUAUUUAUUUUCACCCCUCCAGUAUUUAUUGUUCUCUUUAGGAAAAGAGAACAAGCCAAUAGCGCUAAUUUAAUUCGCGGUGUGGGAUGAUCGCCUUUACAGCCGUCAAACACUAACUAUAGUCGUGUGGUGAAGUUUUGUCUUUUAAAACUGAAAAGUGUUGGCACAUGUUUGCCUUUCAGAGGAAUGUUGUCUUUCAUGUCCAUCUCAGGUUUAAGGGAAAUGUGUUAUUCUGUUCACUAACGAGCACAUGUUUGUUCAGAAGCAGGAGUUUGGAAAGGGAUGAGCAGCAAUUUGCACUUUAAUUCAUGUUAGAAGGCCUAUUAAUGACUUAUCAAUGCAGGAUGAGAAUCUGUUUCUGAAAAAUGAAGUUUUAGUUUUGUUUUAACGGACCAUUUUGAAGCAAAUAAAUGCAUAAUUACAUGAA